CCACGUCAUAAUAUUUUUAUUGAUCUUGGGAACAGUGAACUUUGUACUUGAAUAACGAUCGUUUGUUUUUCUGUUUGACAACAACAGUUCGAACUAUAAUAAUUUCUGGUGAGAAUGUCAGACAUUCAUAAAAUUUCCAUUUUAAGCACCUAUCUGGCAACCCUAUGUGCUUUAGGGUUAGGCUUAUCGAUUUAUAGCUAUUAUGUAGAAAUCAGACUAGAGAUAGAAGACGAUUUUACUGCAAUGUGCGAUAUCAAUGAGCACAUGUCCUGCAGUAAAGUGUUCAAAUCGCCAUAUGCCAAGGGAUUCGGCUUCUUUCCAGAAGAUUCCAUCUUCUACGUGCCAAACAGUAUGUUUGGCAUUCCAUUUUACUGCCUUAUAAUGUUCUUAGCGUUCUCUCCAUCAUUGACCAUAGCGAAAUUCGUCCUCACAAGUACGCUGUUGUCCAACUGUUUGACACCAUAUCUCGCCUACUUGCUCUACUUCGUCCUUCAAGAUGUUUGUGUCGUUUGUGUCACAAUUUAUAUUGUAAAUGCUCUCUCCUUAUUCGUAUCGUAUAAGAAAGUGAUGUUGUUGACUUCACCAGCCGAGAAGGCUGAAAAACCAAAAAAGAAACGUAAUUAAAAUGUUUGAAGGAUACUGGAUAAUAUCUGUAUCCUUCCUUGGACCUUCGUCCACUGUGGGUACUCCUUCAGUAUGUAAAAUGAUAAAUAUGUUUCUGGAUGUCAGUUUUACAGAUUUCCCUAUAUUCUUCGUUAAGUCUGAAGAUAUAAUUAAAUGGACAAAACAACAAGUGCCCAAAGCUAACGUCAGUGUUUUCAUUUAGUUUAUAAGUAUAUGUAAUAGGGAAAGGUGGAGGAAUCUUCCGCACAUAAAAGAAAUUAGUCGAAUUGAUCGAAUUAACAGUUGAAGGUGAAUCUUAAAUGUAUAAAGGAAAUAUGAAUCUACACAUAAUAUAUUGAAAUAGUAAAUACACAUUCUGAAAUUAACACUUUUAGCUUCUUUGUACUUGAAUUUAGGUACCUGUCCGAAACUUUAUCAGCUUUUUUUUAGUCAGCAAAUUGAUUUUAGAACAUUUUGAUUCAAACAAUUAAUUCGAUACAAAUGUAACAUAUACAGGAGAGUCUUAAAAUUGUACUUCAAAAGGAACUAUUACAGAUUCAUCUCGUCAAAUAAAACACUUUUCUCAUUUACCAUUUUUUCAGAUUCGGCAUAAGUAAAAUGUUACAAGCAUUUAAUUGUUUCACAAUUGGCUAAUGCACUACUGUCCUAAGGUGUAAUUUUAUGAAUUUUUCACUGUUUAACCCAUCGUGUAAAAUUCCCCCACAUUCCCCUAAACACUAAAUAUAUGUGUAAUGGAAGAUAGAGAGGGUAAUUUUGUCAUUUAACCUGAAAAUGCUUUGGGUGUUUGAUAAAAUCAUUUCAAAGAGCUGUUGAAUGUAUAGUUAAUAUUAAGUCUAUAAAAAAUAUAAUUGUAUAACUGGUUGUUGAAGAAAAGAAUAAAGAAGAUCUCGAGUAUG